UCUCCGGAGAUACUUGAAGGUGUAGGUGCAUUUCAAAAGCUACCAAUGGUAAUGCCAUCUGUUGACAUUCUGUAUUCAGCACUAAGGAAGGCUAAGAAAGUUGCACCAACAAAAGGCAUUGCCAAUAUUGCAAAGAGAGAAAGAAAUAGAGGUGCAAAGCAACUUGAUGCAUUGAUGAAAGAAAUAGCAGUUCCGUUGAGGACUUAUUCUGAGAAGUUUCCCAAUAAAAAGUAUCUUCACCCUUAUGAGCGAUCUCUUAUCGAAUUAACUCUCGGGGAUGGAAAUUAUGAACAGGUGUUGGGAAAGGUGGAUGCUCUGAGGAAAAAGGUUGUGUCUGUUGGCAAGGAACAUGCAUCUCUUUGUGCAAAGUCAACGUCGAAGAAGGAAGCAGAGACAAGACUGAGUGAGGGUUUAAAGAAAGUUGAAGAGACAUAUAUUCGACAAGGAAAAUAUGUUGAUGAUUUGUUACACAUAGCCAAGACAUUGCGAGCAAUGCCCGUAGUUGAUCUAGAAACGCCAACACUUUGUCUUGUUGGAGCUCCUAAUGUUGGAAAGUCAUCUUUGGUCCGUAUACUCUCCACAGGGAAGCCUGAGGUCUGCAACUACCCUUUCACAACAAGAGGAAUACUUAUGGGUCAUAUCAUUUUAAACCAUGAGACUUUUCAGGUGACCGAUACACCAGGUCUGCUGAAGAGAUGUGAUGAGGACCGAAAUAAUUUGGAAAAGUUGACACUUGCUGUCCUCUCACAUCUACCAACUGCAGUACUGUAUGUCCAUGAUCUUUCUGGCGAAUGUGGGAUGUCACCUUCCGAUCAGUUUGUCAUUUACAAUGAAAUAAAGGAAAAAUUUGGUGACCAUCUGUGGCUAGAUGUUGUGUCGAAAUGUGAUCUGUUGCAAGAGUCUCCAGUGAUAUUUGCUACUGAUAAUGACGAUGAUAAUGAUCUUAGCCUGGAAAGGUACCUGAAGUUGGGCCCUGAGGGAGCUCUUCAUGUGUCAGUGAAAAAUGAAAUAGGGCUCCCAGAGUUGAAAAGAAGAGUGCAUGAACUGCUGAAUACCCAAAUGAGCAUGAUCCAGAAAAGAAGAGUGCAUGAACCGCUGAAUACCCAAAUGACCAGGUUCCAAAGUCAAGAAACCAACCAAGAAACUCUUCAAGUUCUUACUUGAGAGAUCAUAUUCUAGGCUCGGUGAUUUGUGGCUGCUGGAUGAAAGUAACGAUCAAUUUCCAUAUUUCUUCAUUCCUAAGGAUGAGAAGCCACUUGUGGACACUAAGCUGUACUUUGUGAAAAGAUGAAAAUCUGGAUCGUACAAGUGAUCGUCAAUACUAGACUGCCGAGUUUUCUGAUUGCUUUAGUUAUUGCCAUUGUGAACAUCUAUUUGGCAAUCAAGAUGAAAUAUAGGAGCUGACUAAAUGCAUCGUAUACUGCAUUAACCUCCUAUUCAUAAUGAGUGAAGGGGGAAAAAACAGUAUGUAAGG